GUUGUUGCUAAUCAAUACACGCAGUUGCAAAAAAAAAAAUAGAAUGGUUUCAUUUAUCACUUUCACUAAACAAGUUUUCCUUACUCUUACCCUUGCCUUAAUGGUCCAAGGUUUAGCAAUCCCUAUUGGUGAUGCUAAUGAAGGUGGUGUAGUCAAAAGAGGUGAUGGUUACCUUAAAAUUGAUUUCACUAUUGCUAGAGGUUCUGACAGAAACAGUUUGAAUAUUACCUCCAAUAAUGGACCUGGAUUUUUAGUUCGUAAGGGUAAUGUUAAAAGAGGUGAAGAACAAGUUACUUUAAUUAAUGAAAAUACUUACUACGCUACAGAUUUAACCAUUGGUUCCAACAACCAAGCUGUUACCACUCUUUUAGAUACUGGUAGUUCUGAUUUAUGGGUUGUUGCCAAAGGUGCUACUUGUGAAGACCCUGCUGAAGGCCAAAGUUCUACUUACUGUUAUGCUAGUGGAGUUUUUGAUGCCUCUACUUCAUCAACUUAUAAAAAUCUCGGUACUUCUUUCUCCAUUGAAUAUGAAGAUAACACUUCAUCAACUGGUACUUGGGGUACAGAAACUGUCGGUAUUACUUCUGCUGGUGUUUCAGUAACUGGUUUACAAUUUGGUUAUGUUACUAAAACUUCUUCCUCUUUUGGUGUUUUAGGUAUUGCCAAAGAAGGUCAAGAAAGUUCUUAUACUGAAUAUCCAAAUUUACCUCAACAAUUAAAGUCUCAAGGAUAUAUUUCAAAGGCCGCUUAUUCAUUGUACUUAUCUUCUCCAAAUGCCUCUUCAGGAACUCUUCUUUUCGGUGGUAUUGAUGAAGAUAAAUAUACUGGUACUUUAACUACACUUCCAAUUGUAUCUAAUCCAUACUUGGCAAUUAACUUAGAUACUAUUACUGUUGGAAGUACCCUGAUUAGUGCUAGUGCCCAACCAGUCUUAGAUUCAGGUACUACUUACACCUACUUAUCAAGUAGUACUGUUAAAAAGAUUGGUCAAGCUUUAGGUGGUACUGCCAACUCUGGUGUUGGUUAUAUUAUCGACUGUGACCAACCAACUGAUAAAUACAUCACCUAUAAGUUUGAUCAAGGUGCUACUAUUCAAGUUCCUUACUCAGAAUUACCAAUUCCAUUAUACCUUGAAGAUGGUUCUUUAGCUGAUGAAUGUGGUUUAGGUAUUCUCAGUACCUCCUCAACCCCAAUUUUAGGUGACAACUUCUUGAGAAGUGCUUAUGUUGCCUAUGAUCUUGAUGACAAUACUAUUAGUAUUGCUCAAGUUCAAUACACUACUUCUGAAAACAUUGUUCCAUUCAGUUAAAUGCCCAAGUUAGUUCUGUAACUACUUUUUCUUGUUUGUCUGGCACGGAAUCGUUUAAAAGUAAGUUAUAGAAGAUUUUGA